ACAUGCAGAGGUACACACAACCUCUCACACACACACACACACACACACACAGACAUACUGCAAACUCUCCACAGGAAACUCUGAGCCAUAAUGUGAAGGCACCUCAGAGCAGACGGGUGCAUUGCUCAAACCAAGUGGGAUACGGUGCGGCUUUGAUAGUGCGUUAAUUACUCAUGUGAUGUGAUACAGAUGUCUGGGGGCUUCAGCCGAAAGUUUGCCUGACGGUUUCCAAGGGGGCCAGGCAGACAUUUUAGAAGCGGGAUAUAUUGGGACAGUCUUUCAAUCAGUGGAAUCAAAGCGCUGAAUGUGUUCCAUAAUGGGAACUCCAGCUGUGCGUAUGUUGGUGCUAAUGGCCUGUAUGGCAGCCAGAGGAAUGUGCCAGAUAAACAGAGCUGAGGUAGAGAAUGGUUCUCUCCCACACUCCCUUGUCCACUCCACCCGUCAGUCUCCGGAUUUCUACAGCACCGUCAUCCCCAGCACAGGGGCCAGCACCCACCUGGGGGCCCCGGGGCCUGAUGCUCAAGCUGUGGGAUCUGGAAAUGAAUCAGUCGUAAAGACACCGAUGCGACCUCCGAUGUGCCUCCAGGAGACCUCCAUAAAGGGCUAUUUUAAGUACAUAAACACCAUCAUUUCCAUUAUAGUGUUUGUGGUCGGCCUGGUGGGCAAUGCCACCCUUCUGAGGAUUAUAUACCAGCACAAGUGCAUGAGGAACGGGCCAAACGCUCUCAUUGCAAGUCUGGCCCUGGGGGAUCUUAUCUACAUAAUCAUCGUUAUACCCAUGACAGUAUACAAGCUCCUGGCAUCUCGAUUCCCUUUUGAAGACAGUAAUGUGGGCCUGUGUCUGUGUAAGAUGGUGCCCUUCCUGCAGAAAGCCUCUGUGGGCAUCACCGUUCUCAACCUGUGCGCCCUCAGCGUGGACAGGUACAGGGCGGUGGCCUCCUGGAGCAGAGUUCAGGGAGUGGGCAUCCCUCUGCUCACAGUCAUGGAGAUCUUGACUAUUUGGCUGCUGUCGCUCUUUCUUGCAGUGCCAGAGGCUAUCGUUUUCGACAUGGUCGGCUUCAGCUAUAGGAACCAAACCGGACGCACUUGCAUGCUUAAGCCCAAGACUGACUUCAUGAGGUUCUAUACGGAGGCAAAAGACUGGUGGCUGUUUGGCUUCUACUUCUGUGUGCCACUGAUCUGCACUGCUGUGUUUUACACUCUGAUGACCUGCGAGAUGCUCAACCGCAGGAACGGCAGCCUUCGGAUAGCCCUCAGUGAGCACCUCAAACAGAGAAGGGAGGUGGCCAAAGCUGUCUUCUGCCUCGUCCUUAUCUUUGCCCUCUGCUGGUUCCCACUGCACCUCAGCAGGAUCAUUAAGAAGAUGGUUUACCACCAGCAUGACAAAUCGCGCUGUGAGCUGCUCAGUUUCCUGUUGGUCCUGGAUUACUUUGGCAUUAACCUUGCAACAAUCAACUCCUGCAUAAACCCUAUCAUCCUCUAUUUUGUCAGCAAGAAGUUUAAAAACUGUUUCAAGUCAUGCCUGUGCUGCUGGUGUUACUCUGACAACCAGCUGAGCAGCACCGGACCCAUGAAUGGCACCAGUAUCCAGUGUAAAAGCCCCGAGCCCAACAACAUCCACACUGAUCGCAGCAUGAGGAAAGACAGCGAUUGAUCUCUCACCUGAGGAUUAUUUUCCCUAAGCCCCUCCAUGUAUCCAGAAGCUUUUAAAAUACACCAAAUACACAUCCUGAUAUAUAUAUAUAUAUAUAUAUAUAUACAUUUACUUUGUCAGACAAUAAAUAAACAUCCGUAGGACCACUAAAGCAACAAAUAAGCCUGGCAGGGAAGGAUUAGCAACUGGAGAUUAAAGGAACAAACAAUGGACUCUUGCACACAAUGCUCUGAAGUGUCCCAAGCAUCUCAGCGGGCUAAACUUCCUUAAACAGACUCCUUAUAUUCCCACACCCACGGACAGUGAUGCUGUAGCGUGAGAGAAGAGCUAGAUGAAGAGGAGGAGAACUCUUUAACAGGAUGCAGCUGAACGGUGACUAUAAAUUACUCUGAAUAAAAGCCGAACAUGCUAUUCCUGUAAAGGGCAGCACUACUGGGAAGGAUGCACAAGGCUACAGGAAGGAACAAGCAGACGGCUCGCUGUCAGAGGGAAUGAUGGGAGAUGAGUAUGUGCGGUCCCCAGGAGUUCAAUUCUCAGUAACGAUGGAAAACAGGAAAACUAUAACUAACUUGAACAACAAUUCAUUUUCCAUUUAUCAUGCAAACGGUUGCACACUCUCAUACUCACACUCAUCAUUCAUUAAGCUACUUUGUGGUAUAAUAAGUAGAUAUCGCUUCUAAUUGCUUAACAAAAUGUUAUUUGUUUUGUCUGGCAAAGAAAGAAAAUGUCUUAUGAACAUAAAUAUGCAACCCUUAAAUGUAACCAUAGUCCACAGACCACCAAACGUUUUGUCAGUAAUCCAAAAAAUGUAGAUAUCACAACAGAAUCACAGAAUCCAAUGUCAGAGUAAGCCAAAGUACACUGGCACAUAAUGAAGUACAGAGUUGUAGGUGGAUAAGGUACAACUGAACUGUAAUUUAUAGCCGAAGUCAAGUCAAGCAAAUGAUAAAUAUGAGAAAAUUCAUUAUUAUCACCAAAAAUGGACAGGGAUUAGCUUUUUUCAUAACACUGUGAACUUUACCAGAUAUAAUCAACAACAAUUGUGUCUUUUAUGCUUGUAACCAAUGGAAAAUAUAUGUAUAGUGUCCACUUUUAUAAAGUGUUAUAUUGCAGUAUUUUACUCAGACAACAUUACCUGUGUAAUGACAUAGGCAAAUUAGUUUAAAUAGUGGUGGUAAUCGCUCUAAAUCAAAAAGGAAUAGGUUUUCAUUUUUUUAAAGGGUUAUAUUUACUUUGUAAGGGUUAGAUGAGAAGGCCAUCCUCCAAAGUCUGCACAAUAGCUUGGUUCUAAAUAAGCUAAUCUUUAAUUAGCUUAGCUUAGGUUAGCAUAAAGACUGCAAAUUAGGUUAACAGAUAGGUUGGCUCCCUCCAAUGUUAACAAAAUAUGCCUGCAAGCACCUCUUAAGCUCAUUAAACAACAGUAUUUCAUGUUUGUUAUUUCUUUUUAGCUGUUUCCCUUUUCCAGUCUUUAUGCUAAGCUAAACUAUGCUAAGCUAUCCGGCUGCAGGCUAAACUUAGACUAUCUUCAUAUUUAACAAACAGAGAGAGUGAGAGUGGUAUCUAUCUUCUGGUCUGACUCUACCAAAUAAAGUUAGUAUGUUUAUUUCCUCACACUAUUCUUUAUAUUUUGAAAUCAUAUUAGCUACCAAAAACUGCACCACCGUAUACUAUUUGAUAUGUGAAGAUGUAAACCUGUGUGUGUUUGACUGUGUGAUAGCAUGUGUGUUUGUGUGCUGUGUGUAUAAUUACUUGCACUUCUUUAUUCGGAGUGUUUGCACACUUGUGAAGAAAGGGCGAUAUCUGUACAAUUGUUUCUUUUACCACUAUUCAUCGGAGCAAUUCAUAAUAAUCUUUUGAAAAUGGAAUUCAUAUAUGUUUGUUUCCAAAUUACUGCUGCUUAUACCAAUAAAACGUUACAUCUCCACUGUAAGGAACAA